AUUGGGAGUUGAGAGUUGGGACGGCAAAUUACGUAGCCCGAGAGCACCUUAAACUACCACCCAAUGAGAUAGCACUUUUAGUAAAGAUCCGCCACGCUCAAAAUGUAAAAACCCUACCCACCUCAGACUUCUGACUUCUCUGUCAUCACUUCAAACCUAAACAACAGAAGAGAAGAAAACAAUGAAUCAAGCUUUAACCUUGCCAUUUGCUACUACCAUUAUCCAUGAACUCUCCUCGUACUAACCACAGAUAGAUUGAUAGAUUAAAAAGAGAGUUCGUCGUUGAAAAUGGCGAUGCUGACUAGAAGCAGAACCUUCUUUAAAACCCUAAUUCCUAACACCUUCAGGACAAUUUCCACGUUCACCUUCCUCUGCCAAGAGCCUCAACUUGCAGAACCAUCGAUCUCGGAUUCGACUCCAUUGCCUCCAAAUCCAUCCUCGGGCAGCCCCCUGUACCAGCAGAACUGGAGGAACCCCAUCCCCAAUUCAGUACUGGAUCAGUCUCUUGUCCCUCUUGACUUUCUUCACCAGACACCAUCUUCGAAGAUCCAAUCCCUGUCUCGGACGCUCGAUGUUCAGAGCCUCAUGAAUGUUUUUGCUGAUUGGAUGACUUCCCGGCGAUGGGCUGACAUGAAACAGCUGUUCGAGUUCUGGAUCAGGUCUCUCGACAGGAAUGGAAAGCCCAAUAGACCUGAUGUUAACUUGUACAAUCACUACUUGAGGGCGAACUUGGAAAAUGGUGCAACUGCAGGGGAGCUUCUCGAUCUGGUGGCACAAAUGGAAGAUUAUAUGGUUGUACCAAACACGGCGUCUUUUAAUCUGGUGUUGAAGGCGAUGUAUCAGGCGAAGGAGACUGUGGCAGCGGAGAAAUUGCUAGAACGGAUGUUGCAGGCAGGAAAAGAAUCUCUGCCCAAUGAAGAAUCAUAUGAGUUGAUUACUGGGAUGUUUUUCUUAACGAAUCAGAUUGAUGCUGCCCUAAAAUACUUAGAUAUGACUUUAAAAUCUGGCUAUAUGGUAUCUAUGAGGGUAUUUACUGAAUGUGUAUGGAGUUGCGUUAAUGCAGGAAGGUUGGAUACCUUGGCAUCCAUAAUAGAGAGGUGCAAGGCAAUGGAUCAAAAUAAAGCUCUUUGUCCAAGCUGGAACCUGUGUAACUACAUUGCAGAUGUUGCAAUGCAAGCAGAUAACAGCAAAUUGGCUUUUUAUGCUUUGGAAUUUCUGGCUAAGUGGAUUGCUCGCGGAGAGAAUGCAAGACCACCUGUUCUUCUCUCUGUUGAUGAAGGACUGGUUGUUUCAGCACUUGGAACUGCUGCUAGAACCUAUAGUGCUACUCUAGUUGAUGCAUCAUGGGCCAUCCUGCGGCGGUCCUUGCGUCAAAAGAAGGCACCCAAUUCAGAAUCUUACCUUGGGAAGAUAUAUGCAUAUGCAUCAUUGGGAAACCUCCAAAGGGCUUUUAGUACCCUGCACGAAUUUGAAUCUGCUUAUGGGAAUUCUACUAAAGCAUCAGAUCAGGAUAUGUUCUCUCCAUUUACUUCUUUAUAUCCAUUAGUUGUGGCAUCCUCCAAGAAUGGUUUUGAGACUCUGGACUCAGUGUAUUUCCAAUUGGAGAAUUUGAGCCAUGCAGAUCCUCCUUACAAAUCUGUUGCUACUCUUAACUGUAUUAUAUUGGGUUGUGCAAACAUAUGGGACCUUGAUCGGGCCUACCAGACAUUUGAAGCUAUCAGUGCAAUAUUUGGCUUGACACCCAAUAUCCAUUCAUACAAUGCUUUGAUGCAUGCAUUUGGGAAGCUCAAAAAGACAUUUGAAGCUUCAAGGGUGUUUGAGCAUUUAGCAAGCUUGGGCGUGAAACCAAAUGCAACAUCAUAUUCCUUAUUGGUAGAUGCUCAUCUAAUUAACCGUGAUGCCAAGGCUGCUCUCUCUGUGAUUGAUGAGAUGGUUAAUGCAGGUUUUGUACCAUCCAGAGAGACACUAAAGAAGAUUAGAAGGCGAUGUAUGAGAGAAUUUGACUAUGAGAGUGAUGAUCAGGUGGAAUCCCUCUCUAGGAAGUUUAAGAUCCGAAUGGGCACAGAGAAUCGUAGGGGCAUGCUAUUCAAUCUUCAGUACAGCACCGAAUACCCCUAAGAGUUGAUGCUUCAGAAUUUUUUGCCAUUAGCUCGCUUUACUGCGCUAAAGGACUGCUCUCAGAUUAGUGUUUCUUUGAUGAAGUAAGUUUAUUAUCCUUCUACCUGUCUCCAGGGAACUACAAUCCCCGUUUGUAAAUUUACUAACUGUACUCUAUCUGAGAGAUCCAUGGGGAAGAGUCUAGAUUUAUACCCUCUUGUUAUCAUACUUUACUGUUCUUUUGUCUUGUUUAUCUUCUUCUUUUUAGGCAUAUUCAGACGGAACUCAAGUGUUGAUCAAUUGUUAGUGGCUAGCUUUCCUUGAUUUUGAUGAAAAAGAAAUGUAGGGCUUUGCAAUUUGCAAAUAAUUAAGAAAAUUGUCUACACAUCUUUCAUGAACUGUUUUGUAUUGUCCUUGUUCUUGUUAGAUGGUAAUGUUCAACUCACAUUAUGUAUGGAUCUAUUCCUGCACCA